CUUUAGUCACAUAAACACUGUAUACAAUAUUAGCCCGAUAGCCUUCAGCCUUCAGUUCAAGUACCAUCGCUGUAUGUGACUGCAGUCCACUAAAUAGAAGUGCGUAGAACGAAGCUGCAGAAAAAAAAAAAAUAGUUGUGAUUAUUGACUAAGAAAAAAAAGCUGUCAUUAUGUCACAAAUUCCACUGGGACCGGUGAGCCAGAGGAUUUCAUGUCCUCACUGUCGUGCCGAGGUUUCCACCAGAGUUGAGGGGGAAUCGAACACUAAAACUCAUCUGUUCGCACUUCUUCUCUGUUUGCUCGGGUGUUGGCCAUGUGCCCCGUGCCCUUAUUGCAUGGAUAGCUGUCUGGUGAAGAAGCACUACUGCCCAUCUUGCAAUAACUUCAUAGGACAACACGAGAAUUGAUCAAAACUGCCCAAAACAAAACGUGUUCAAAUCCCAGAAAUUAUGGCAGCAUCUACAAAAAUGUAUUUAAAUUCGAAAUGUAAAUAUGGUAAGACUAGGAAGCUGAAUGGAUAAGAGAUAGCCAACCGGUUGUUCAUUUGAUCAAUUUAUGACUUAGAUCACUGAAGGUCAAUUGAACAAUAGCCUGAGGAUGCCACCAACUUAUUGAGUUCGAUUUAUAAGCAAUUAAGUUCUUGAAAAAAAGUUUUAUUCUAGAAGUUUCAAAAUUAAAUGGAUACAGUAACUGAAAUUGGUUGUUUGAAAGAAUUAAAAAAUGAAAAAUAAAUAUAACAGACUUGGGAGUUAUCGACUAUCAAUGUAUUGAAUCAACGAAGAUUAUGAAUGAUUGUCCCAGAGGGAGAGAGAGAUGAAUAAAUUUAUAUAGAUAAUAUGGUACAUGGCCCCUUUUUGUAUAACAUCUAAAUAAGAAAAAAAAAAUAAACUGCCUUGUUGAAGCGAA